AGAGAGAGAGAGAGAGAGAGAGAGAGAGAGAGAGACUGAAGAAGCAAAUCUGUUUCCUGUAUUACAACUUAGUUCCUUAACAGUUGUUUUACAGCGGUGGCCAGCAAAAGUUGCUUAAAAGUUACAGAAAAUGCAAGCAAUCAAAUGUGUGGUGGUUGGAGAUGGAGCUGUGGGAAAAACCUGUCUUCUCAUCAGCUACACUACCAAUGCCUUCCCUGGAGAGUACAUUCCCACAGUGUUUGAUAACUACUCGGCAAAUGUAAUGGUGGACAGCAAACCAGUCAACCUGGGCCUCUGGGAUACAGCUGGACAGGAAGACUACGACAGAUUGCGGCCGCUGUCCUACCCUCAAACGGAUGUGUUUCUCAUCUGUUUCUCCCUGGUGAGCCCAGCAUCGUUUGAAAAUGUCAGAGCCAAGUGGUACCCAGAGGUGAGGCACCACUGCCCUUCCACUCCGAUAAUUUUGGUCGGCACCAAGCUAGAUCUGAGAGAUGAGAAGGAGACCAUUGAAAAGCUGAAGGAGAAAAAACUGGCACCAAUCACUUACCCACAGGGUCUUGCAUUGGCCAAAGAAAUAGAUGCAGUAAAAUACCUGGAGUGUUCUGCUCUCACUCAGAGGGGUCUAAAAACAGUGUUUGAUGAGGCCAUCCGUGCUGUGCUCUGCCCACAACCCACCAAGGUCAAGAAGAAGGGCUGCCUGCUCCUCUAAUUAUACAUGAUUCUUCGCUGUAAAAGAGGUACUUGAGAAAUCCACUGGUUUUCUCCAACAACCCAACAAGGAAUAAAAACGAAUAAUUGGUGGAACUUUGUGAAAUUAAAAAAAACAAAAAAGCCUUUUUUCUUUUUAGCUCUUGGAUCCACCACAUUGAUGCCACUGAAAUAAUACUGUUGUUAAAGGGAUGGUUUACCCAGAAAAUAAAAUGUCAUUAUUUAUUCACCCGCAUGUUGUUCCAAACCCAUAUGAUUUUCCUUCUUUCUUCAGUGUAACACAAAAGGACAUCAGAAUGACAGCUUAAGUGACCUUUCAAAAAGUGCACUGAAAGUGAAUGGUGACUGAGGCUGUCAUUCUGCCUAACAUCUCCAUUUGUGUUCCCUAGAAAGUCAGAGUGGUUUGGAACAGGGUGAGUAAAUUAUAACUUUUUCAUCUGAAUUUUCAAGUGUAAAGAAUGAGAAAAUAUUUCAUCAUAAUAUUGGAACUGAUGUAUUGUGUGAUAUUGUGAUGGAUGUAGUUGGAGUGUUUUAUGGGAACACAAUUAUGUAUUGUGGUCUUGGGUGAGAACCCAUUUUUUUGCUCUCCAUUCUUAAGCCAGAAUAAAAUGUAUACAGGUGAUGUUUGUUUCUAGACAAAAAAAAAAACAAAAAAAAAACACAAGUACUUGUUAAACAGAGUUAAACUAAGAGGUAUUUUUUGGACCUGUGAAUCACAUUCACAUGUAUGGCAAAAAUAAACUACAACUCUGUUUCCA